AUGAGCAACGAGGAAGCGAAAUCCUUGGUGAAAGAGAAGGCCGGUCGAUUGGAUGUCGUCAUCGCCAACGCCGGUAUAUUCCAUGCGUAUGGACCUGCGUACAAGGCUUCUGAGGAAGAGCUGAGGGAGCAUUUCGAGGUGAACGUCAUCGGCACCUUCGUACUGUUUAAAGCCGCUUUGCCGCUCUUAAAAUCGAGCCGCUCGUCUGGGUCCGCUCCGCCUAAGUUCGUCGCAAUGACGUCGCAAGGUGGUGGCCUCGAGCGAGGCGCAAGCGCGCUAUUCGGCACAGCGGUGUACGGCAUAUCGAAGGCGGCCUUGAACUACAUGAUCCGCAAGCUGUAUUAUGAGCACGAGAAGGACGGGCUGGUGAUGUUCCCUAUUUGCCCGGGCCACGUUGCUACGGAUAUGUCUGCCUUUGCCGUAGAGCAUGAACCAGCUUUAGGCGCGUCCCUGUCCGAAUUCAAGACCGUAGAUGAGACCGCACCGAUGCUGCUGAAAGUGAUAGACAAUGCCACGCAGGAGUCCGCGGGCGGUCAAUUCCUCAACUUCGAUGGAGCGAAGAAUCCGUGGUAA